ACUCAGACGUAGUCCAGUAUUCGCCCAGUGAAGAAGAUCGCAGCGUGCGAGAGAAUCGAGAAUCGAGAAGCGAGAACCGAGAAUUCGAGUCCGCGGUCGAAAAACGAAAACCUGUCAAGAACCGAAUCAUAAACAAAUCAACUCUUAACUUAAAACGAAUUUCGCAUACGCAGAUGCCAGGUAAUUAAGAUGUGGAAGUUACUGCUUAUUUGUGUGGUGAUGAGUGCUCUCAAUGGGGAAUCAUCGGGGGCUAACCGAGCACCUCCUCGCAAGAGGAGAGCCUACGCCGGAGGAUAUGCGGGAGGAUACGCGAGCAGUGGCGGAGGAGCAGGUGGCUACACGGGAACCUACAACAGCGGAGGAGGAGGCGUGGGACACAGCAGCUUUGUGGGAACUGGUGGAGGAGGUGGUGGCGGAUACUACGACUACGAUGACUACGAUGGCUACUCUCCAAACUUCGGCAUCAUCGAUCCCUAUCUCUUCCAUCAGCAGCUGACGAACCACAUUUUGGCCCAGAAUUACGCCAACCAACAAGCUGUAACGGGAUUGGCCACCUCUGGCAAUGCUUUUGCAUCUGCGGAUGCUUCUCUAGUCAACGACAAUGAUAUUCGCAUUCAGCAGCAGAUUGCCGCCCAGCAGGCUUACCACGAUAAUCUUAUUCGCCAAAAUCGGUAUAGAGGUGGUUCUGGAUCUGGAUCGGGAUCGAGCAGUGGCUCCUAUAACUCUCAUCGGUAUGCCCCCAGCUAUGCCGCCGCCUCGGGAUCCAUUGGACCCAACGGAUAUCGUCAGACGGCCUUUAUUAACCCAGCCAAUCCGGCCUCCCCCAACAUUGUGAAUCGUUUUGGAGGCGGAAGCGGCGGUGGCUCCUCCUUCUCCAGCUCCAGCAGCUCCGGAGGAGGCAGUGGAGGUGGUGGUGGCUACAAGGGUGUCUCAGUGUCCUCCUACAGCCACAGCAACGGAGACGGAACCAGUCGACGUGGCGCCCAGACCACCGUCAACGAUAACGGAAAGGUCACCUCGUAUUCGGUGCACUCUUAAACAGAUCAAUGGAAUUCCCUUUGCCCAACUUUUUCCGUAUAAUGUGUUUAAAAAUAUAUAUAUAAAUAUACGUGUAUUUAGUGUGUA